AUGACGAUAGAUUCAAAGAGCCCCGAAAACACACACAUCAACGGCAACUCAACCAAUUGUCAUCGUGAACCAUUUACUCUCAAGGAUGUACCGGUCGAGAACCAACGACCACUAAAGGUCCGUGUCAUUGGCGCUGGAUACUCUGGUGUCUACCUUGGUAUCAGAAUUCCCCAGCGCUUGCGCAACAUUGAUCUCAAAAUCUACGACAAGAACGAGGGAAUUGGAGGAACCUGGUGGGAGAAUCGGUAUCCAGGUUGUGCUUGCGAUAUUCCCUCUCACUCGUAUCAGUAUACAUUUGCUUCGAACAAAGCUUGGUCUGGUUUCUAUGCGCCCUCACACGAAAUCUGCGACUACAUCAACAGCGUGGCAGACAAGUAUAGCGUCAGACGCUUUGUUUAUCUGCAGCACAAAGUAACUAGUGCUGUUUGGGAUGACAACAAGAAGAAAUGGAAUGUCACCGUCCAGAAGCACACAGGAGAAACCUUCAUCGAGGAAGUCGACGUCGUCAUCUCAGCAAGAGGUGGUCUCAAUGACAUCUCCUGGCCCGAAAUUCCUGGCUUCAACACCUUCAAGGGAAAGAAGAUGCAUUCAGCAGCUUGGGAUCAGGAGUACGACUUCAAGAACAAGAAGAUCGGUGUCAUUGGCGGUGGAUCGAGUUCCAUUCAAAUUGUGCCUCAAUUGCAAAAGGUCGAGGGUGCUGAACUAAGUGUCUUUGUUCGUAGCAAAGUAUGGAUCUCUAACCGCUUCGGUGAAAAUACGAUGAAGAAUUUGGGCUGGGACCCUUCUGAAAUCGAGAUCUCGCCUGAGCGUUUGAAAGAAUUCGCCAAGAACGAUGAUGAGUAUAUUCGCUUCCGCAAGCGUGUCGAGAGCGACGGCAACAUGGUUCAUUCUUCAACCCUUAAAGGCUCAGAGAUGCAAAAGCACUUUGUCGCCCAAUUUACAGAAACCACGAAGCAAGCCCUGGCUUCACGUCCCGAUGUUCUCGCAGCGUUUCAACCAGACUUUGGUGUGGGAUGUCGUCGCCUUACACCUGGACCCGGCUAUCUCGAGUCCUUGAUCCAGCCCAACGUCGAUUUCAUCACUACGAACAUCGACAGCAUCAACGAGAAGGGCAUAAAGCUGACUGGUGACGAGGGUCGACAAGUUGACAUCGAUGUGCUGGUUUGCGCGACAGGUUUCAACACCAGCUUCACCCCUCCAUUCCCUGUCAUCGGCAAAAGUGGAAUCUCAAUCCAAGACAAGUUCAAGCCAUACCCUCAGUCGUACAUCACGAUCGCUGUGGAUGACUUUCCCAACUGGUUCAUCAUGCUCGGCCCCAACUCUGCACUCGGUGCUGGAUCCUUAACAGCUCUCGUCGAAGCAGAAGGCGACUACAUCAUCAAAUGCAUUCGCAAGCUACAAAAGGAAGACUACGCAAGCAUGAUGCCCAAAGCAGCCCGCGUCCGAGACUUUUCAGAAUACAUCGGAGAGUACUUCAAGAAGACAGUUUACCUUGAUAGCUGCAAGUCAUGGUACAAGGCCGGAGGUGGUCGUGGCAAUAGGAUCUCGGCUCUUUGGCCGGGAAGUGUCAUGCAGGCGCUCGAGGUGAUGAGGGCACCAAGAUGGGAAGACUAUGAUUUUGAGAGUUUACAUGAGAACAAGCUUAGAUGGUUGGGCAAUGGGUGGAGUAUGUGUGUUAUGGAGAAUGAGGAGCAGGGUGAUGCUAGUUGGUAUUGUAACAAGGAUGAGGUGGAUAUGCCGCCUGAAGGCAAGCCUGAGACUGAUCCUAAGCUCAUGGCAAGGCCAUUUUCUCACUGA